GCACCUGAAGGCCAACUCUGCAGUGGUCAGCUGGGAUGUCCUGGAAGAUGAGGUUGUCAUUGGAUUUGCCAUCUCUCAGCAGAAGAAAGACGUGAGGAUGCUGCGCUUCAUCCAGGAAGUGAACACCACCACCCGCUCAUGCGCCCUCUGGGACCUGGAGGAGGACACGGAGUAUAUCGUGCAUGUACAGGCCAUCUCCAUUCAGGGACAGAGCCCAGCCAGCGAGCCGGUGCUCUUCAAGACCCCUCGAGAGGCCGAGAAGAUGGCCUCUAAGAACAAAGAUGAAGUCACCAUGAAGGAGAUGGGGAAGAACCAACAGCUGCGGACAGGGGAGGUGCUCAUCAUCGUCGUGGUCCUGUUCAUGUGGGCAGGUGUCAUUGCCCUCUUCUGCCGCCAGUAUGACAUUAUCAAGGACAAUGAACCCAAUAACAACAAGGAGAAAACUAAGAGUGCCUCUGAAACCAGCACUCCAGAGCACCAGGGCGGGGGGCUCCUCCGCAGCAAGAUAUGAAAUCCUUUCAGUGCUUGCUCUGAGCAGCUCAGAAGACAGUAGAGAAUGAGAGGAUCUCAUGAUUCUGACGAUGAUUAUCCAACAAACAUCUGGCCCUCUCUGCAUCUCCUCCUCCUUCCAUCUUGUACCCUCUGGCUUACUGUCCGCUCUCUCGGCUUCUCUCUUUCUGGCACCUUUUCCUGAAGCCUCUUAUUGACCCCUAUUUCCAGAAACACUUCGACAAUGUCAGUGGCUGAGGCUGUGCCUAGAGGCAUAUCUGCAGGAUGUGAGCAAACCAGCCAGAGGGAUGACUGCUGGGGGGAGAGUGGGCACCAGGGCGCUGAGCCCAGGACUCAGGUUUGGCCAUUCAGCUGAGUGAGGCCGAAGGCUGGGCUGGAAAAGGCAGACAGACAAGAUCUCCAGGGAGGGCUGCUCUUCUUUCCGCAAGGGACAAGAGCCUGGCUUUUAGGCUGCAGCUCUGCUGGCUCCCUUCCUCCUCCAGCCCUGUUUCCUCCCUUGCAAGAAGUCUAUUCAAUUGGCUUUGGCCACUUCUCUCAUUUCUUUCCUCCCAGUUUCCAAACAAGCCCUCAGUGAACAUCAUCGAAGCAUGACUGACUGUCUGCAGGGAGAAGGAUUUCAUUUUUCUUCUCUGCUGGUCUGCGGGUCCUGAGCACAGGGAGAGGGCCAACUGCAGUCAGGGAGGAGGCACAGCUAGCUGCAGUUCUCCUUCUUCCCUCUUAGUCUGAUGAAAGAGGCUGAACUACAAACCCAAAUUCUGCAAAAAAAAUAAUAAUAAGCCACAAAACUAAAAAGGCCUGGCUCCAUCCUGGAAAAGGCAAAGCUGCAUGAAACAGCUUUCUGCCUCCUCAUCUCUCCUGGACUGGCUUCCUCUUUGAGAAAAUGCACAACGCUCUGGGAGAUAACAAGCAGUAAGAUUGCCUCAAGCUGUCUUUUAGACCGAGGAGCAUUGGAGGAGGCCAUGGAGCUGCCUGCCGUGCAGGGUCAUGGCUGCUGUGAAGCCUUUUCUGGAUGUAGCCAUCAAAGACUUGUUUGUGGUGUGAUAUACACCUUUGUGAGUGUGUAAGAUGUUACCUGUUUUGUCUCUUGAAACACAUAAUUGGAGGGCUCCGUUCCAGAGGACAGAGGGUUCUUCCAAGACUUACGCUGGUUGCCUGUACUCUCCCUGUCUUCUCUGACAUUUACUUUGAUGGUAAGAUCAUCAGUCUGAGGUUUAAAAAGACUUCGAAGGUACUGACCCUGUUUGUUAAGGAAGCAUCUCUUGGAGUUUCAGCAGAGCCAGCUGGGGCAACUGAAAAGGCACAUCCACAUUUUAUAUCCUAGACUGCUGACCCACCCACUGUGGAGUGGAAGUUACUGGAAGGCAGGCCUAAGCCAUGUACCACAGACAGGCAGAGCAGCCUGGCUGUCACAACUAGCCUCUAGAGUCUCCAUAUCUUACCAUCUCAUCAGGAUUCUGGGAAAGUUACCCAGGGUCUUCAUGUCCUUCCCUAGAGCCUGAGUGGUAUGAGGUGACAGGUCUCUCUCUCCACUGCCCCUUUCUGGUUAAAAAACAAACUAACAAACAAUGGUGCUUGAUGAGGGGAGGCAAACUCUUCCCUGGGAUUGGUGAGUUACAGCUGCCAGAUGCCUGCACGGGAAGAGGUGGACUCUGCGUCUUCCACUGGUGACCAAGAAGAGGAGGGUAGAGGAUGUGCCUAGCACAAGGCUGAUACACAGUAGGUACUUGGGCAAUAUUUGCUGUGCUGAAUGUGAAGAGCACUGGCCCCCAAGACAGAGAGCUGAAAGCCAUCACCCAAUGCCCAUCCCUUCCUUCCAGUGUUUAAGCGCUCUCAAGGCUGGCUCAGCCACCACUCUGCUUCAGCCAAGUGUGGAAGCACAGGGGAGGAGAGACAGGGUAAAAGGCAGAUGUCAGCAAUACCAAGGGCUUCCUCAUGGGAGGGCAUGAGGCUCCACUCAUUGUCUUGUGACUUCCAUCCCUGCUGAAUGGGGCUGCGAGGCCAAGGCUCCUUACGGGAGAGGUCCUUACCUCUGAUCCAGUUAGAGCAAUAACCACUUUUUAAACAUAAAAUAAAAAGACAAAUGAAAAGGCACAUCCUUGUCUCCUGGUAAAUGCCCAAAUGUUGCCCUCUUUUUCUGGCAAUUGGCAGCAAGUCAGGAUGUGUGGAGGAGGGAAUCAGUUCUCUCUUCCAUUUUGGCCUGCAGUCUCUUAGGGACAUGCCUGCCAGCCAAGCUGGAGUUGGAAGGGAAUUCUUGAACAGAUGGGGGUGCACGUGUAGGA